UAAAGUUACUUUGAACAGUGAAGAGAUGAACUUUUUUGGAGCAUUUAGUGGUCUUCCACUGCGCCCUCUGCUGUUAGCGGCCGGAGCUGCAGCCGCGACAGCCAGCAUUUACACUUAUGUUAAACGGAGCGAAGAUACGACAGCGGAGCCCGAGGACACGACCGAAGGUCCUGACACAGAGGUUGUUAAAGACCAGAUGAUGAAACUGUUGGUGUCCAAGAUUCAGCUGCAGGACAGAGUGAAGGAGCUGGAGGAACUGCUCUGUGAGGCACACAGAGACUGUGACCUGAAAAGCAAGGAGAGAGAGCAAGAGCGAGAGGCUCACAGCAUCCUCCUGGCUGAGAAAGAGGAGAUGAUAAAGACUCUGACACACAAGGAGGAGUUCCUGAAGGUCACCUUGGUUGAAGCUAAGGAGAACCAUCAGAAGGAUGUAGAGACCAUCCAUCAGCUGGAGAAGGAGAAGUCUGACCUGACAGAAAAGGUGGAGACUCUGAGAGAGACAGUGGAAGAACUGGGGAACCAGCUCACUGAGACACAUGUGCAGUGUGAUGAGCUCACGGAUGAGUGUGAGAGAGAGCGAGAGACUCACAACAUCCUCCAGUCCAAAUAUGAUGAGAUGAAGAAGACCAUGACUCAGCUGGAGGAGGAGAACAAUCAGAUGAAGCAAGAACAAGAGGCUCACAACAUCCUCCAGUCCAAGUAUGAUGAGAUGAUUAAGAGUCAUGAGGAGGAGUUACUGAAGGAGCGAGAGACUCACAACAUCCUCCAAGCAGAGAACAAUGAUAUGAAGAAGACCAUCACUCAGCUGGAGGAGGAGAAAGAUGAGAUGAAGAAGACUCUGAACAACAAGGAGGAGUUUCUGAAGGUCACUCUGGCUGAAGCUGAGGAGAAACAUCAGAAGAUCAUCAGUCAGCUGGAGGAGGAGAUGUUUGACCUGACAGAAAAGGUGGAGACUCUGAGAGACACAGUGAAGAUACUGAUGAAGAAGCUCAUUAAGACUGACAGAGAGUGUGAUGAGAGAAUAAACGUCACUCUGGCUGAAGCUGAGGAGAAACAUCAGAAAGAUGUGGAGACCAUCCAUCAGCUGGAGAAAGAGAAAGAUGAGAUGAAGAAGACUCUGAACAACAAAGAUGAGUUUCUAAAGGUCACUCUGGCUGAAGCUGAGGAGAAACAUCAGAAGAUCAUCAGUCAGCUGGAGGAGGAGAUGUUUGACCUGACAGAAAAGGUGGAGACUCUGAGAGACACAGUGAAGAUACUGAUGAAGAAGCUCAUUAAGACUGACAGAGAGUGUGAUGAGAGAAUAAACGUCACUCUGGCUGAAGCUGAGGAGAAACAUCAGAAGACCAUCAGUCAGCUGGAGGAGGAGAUGUUUGACCUGACAGAAAAGGUGGAGACUCUGAGAGACACAGUGAAGAUACUGAUGAAGAAGCUCAUUAAGACUGACAGAGAGUGUGAUGAGAGAAUAAACGUCACUCUGGCUGAAGCUGAGGAGAAACAUCAGAAGGCUGUGGAGACCAUCCAUCAGCUGGAGAAAGAGAAGUCUGACCUGACAGAAAAGGUGGAGGCUCUGAGAGAGACAGUGGAGGACAUGGGGAACCAGCUCAUUGAGACUAACAGAGAGUGUGAUGAGUUACUGAAUGAGCGAGAGACUCACAACAUCCUCCAAGCAGAGAACGAUGAGAUGAAGAAGACUCUGAGUCACAAGGAGGAGUUACUGAAGGUCACUCUGGCUGAAGCUGAGGAGAAACAUCAGAAGAUCAUCAGUCAGCUGGAGGAGGAGAUGUUUGACCUGACAGAAAAGGUGGAGACUCUGAGAGACACAGUGAAGAUACUGAUGAAGAAGCUCAUUAAGACUGACAGAGAGUGUGAUGAGAGAAUAAACGUCACUCUGGCUGAAGCUGAGGAGAAACAUCAGAAAGAUGUGGAGACCAUCCAUCAGCUGGAGAAAGAGAAAGAUGAGAUGAAGAAGACUCUGAACAACAAAGAGGAGUUUCUAAAGGUCACUCUGGCUCAAGCUGUGGAUGAUGUGGAGACCAUCGCUCAGCUGGAGAAGGAGAACGUUGACCUGAGAAUUGAGGUGGAGACUCUGAGAGACACAGUGAAGAUACUGGGGAAGAAGCUGUUUGAGUGUAACAGAGUGUGAUGAGAGAAUAAACAUAAGUUAGAAAAAACCUUGUAUUAAUCAGAUCCUUUAUCAAGACCAAGAGGACUUUAAUUCUGUUUAAGCGUUACACAUCCACCAUUUCCUCUCCUGAAAAUGUGACUGCUGUUGUGAACCCUUGCCUUGUCCGCUGUACUAAACCGUUAUGGGACAGAAAAUAAAAAUAAAAAAUAAAGAAUGAUUAAAAAAAGGAACAUCAUAAAAAAAGAUGUUUCCUAAUGUUUUAUUCUGAUGUUUGAUGUGAAGAUGAAGUGAGUGUAUAGUGAGUAGCAGCUGCUGCUGUGUAUGGCAGUGCUAAAGAUGGUAUUUAAUGACUUGCUAAUAGACUUUCUGAAAGGGGUGAGAUUCCUCUGUGACUGUACUCCCUCAAGACUCCAGCUUUGGAGCACACGCUUGUGUUUGAGUCACUGAGAUCCUCACCAGCCCAUACGGGAUGUCCAACUGAACUGAACUCGCAUGGAUUUACAUGAAGGCCACAUUCUUACUGGCAGAAGAGUAAGAAAGUCACAUGCUUUAGAGAUACACCAACCCUGCAUACAGUGGCGGGACAGCUCCAGGCUUCCUGCCUACAUCCAUGUCCUGUAAGAGUGGCUGUUCCAAUACUUGUGGCCACAUAAAAAUUGGGUGGUCUGACACCAAAGGUGCCAUGUUCUGAGUUGUUGAACACAUCCAGAUGUAAAUAUCAGGAAAUGAAAGCUGAUGAAAUUCUGAUCUAUCGUCUUUUGAUUUCAGACCUAAGAUUUCAUAAAUAAUGGAGUGUAGCAUAAAUAAUAGAAUUGGUCUUGCUGUUUGAAGGGGACAGUAUAAAAGUCCCACCAAUCUCAGGAAUAAACGUGUAUUACAGUAAAACUUUUUCCUUAUGGCUUGAGACACUUUUUAUCCAUUCAGUCAGUCACUUUUCUCACCAUGAGAGCAAUGCUGUAUAAUUUAUAGCAAAGUCUACAGAAAUUCAUUAAAUGAACAUUUUUUUGAAUGAACAUUUUUUUAAAUGAACAUAUUUUUCAUUUAAUUUCAUAAAUAUAAGCCAUAAUUUAUUUUAAA